AUGAGCAACGCUAAUCCUUACGGGAAUAACAAUCCGUACGCUGAAAACUAUGAAAUGCAAGAGGACUUGAACAAUACCCCCACUGGCCACACGGAUGGCAGCGACGAUUUUGUUGCAUUCAUGAACGUGAUCAACUCGAUUAACGCUAACUUGUCCAGGUACGAAAACAUCAUCAACCGAAUCGAUGCGCAGCACAAGGACCUGCUGACCCAGGUGAGCGAGGAACAAGAAAUGGAAUUGAGACGCUCUUUGGAUGACUAUAUCUCUCAAGCCACAGACUUACAGUACCAAUUGAAAGCAGAUAUUAAAGACGCUCAAAGGGAUGGCUUACACGACCCUAAUAAACAGGCCCAGGCGGAAAACUCUAGACAGAAGUUCUUAAAGUUGAUUCAAGACUACAGGAUUAUUGAUUCCAAUUACAAGGAGGAAAGCAAAGAGCAAGCCAAGAGACAGUAUACGAUUAUCCAGCCGGAAGCCACUGAGGAAGAAGUGGAGGCCGCCAUCAAUGACGUCAACGGUCAGCAAAUCUUUUCUCAAGCCCUGCUAAACGCCAAUAGACGUGGUGAGGCAAAGACGGCCUUGGCUGAGGUGCAAACAAGACACCAAGAAUUAUUGAAGUUGGAAAAGACAAUGGCAGAAUUGACCCAGCUGUUUAAUGAUAUGGAAGAGCUGGUCAUCGAACAACAAGAAAAUGUGGAUGUCAUUGACAAGAACGUAGAAGACGCUCAGCAGGAUGUAGAACAAGGUGUAGGCCACACCAACAAGGCUGUCAAGAGUGCCAGAAAGGCAAGGAAGAACAAAAUAAGAUGUAUGAUCAUCUGCUUCAUCAUAUUUGCUAUUGUUGUUGUGGUCGUUGUUGUUCCAUCUGUCGUGGAAACAAGAAAAUAA